AUGGAUCCUCCCCCCACCACUUAUGUCCCAGGUCGAGGUCUAGGUCGAAGAGCUAAUGUACCCUACGCCAGUGCCGCCUUCCGGGGAGCUUCCCAGGCAGCUCGCCAAGCCCGUUAUGCCAAUGAGCGGUCGGCUCAUGAUAUCCCCGCUCCUUCUAGACACAGGGUUGGACUGCCCUCCAACGACUCAGACUCGGACGACCAGCCCUUGGCUCAAAGGCGUCGUCAUACGACCCCUGCUGUUGCGCCAGACUCCGACCCUUCCCCCGUUCCUCAGUCACCUCCUACUGCAACACCGACACCAGUCCUGAGCCAGGCAAAUAACCCCCCUCCAUCAAAUACUCAGGUCGAACCUCCGUUGGCUCAACCUUCCACAUCGCAGCUACCGCAGGGCGGUGAAGCAGGUCCAGCCACUCGCCCUUCUUCCACUAUACCAUCAGAGUUUCCUCAAACGCCCUCUUCAGCCCCUUCUGGCUCAGCUGCGAGGCCUUCACCACCACCUCUUGGCUCGACCGCUGGACCUUCGCAACUAACCCCACUUACUCAUCACUGUUGUUGCACCGCUGUGCCUUCUGAGAUGAAGUUAUUGUCCCAACAAGAUGUUCCUACCAUCUCCCUUAAAAUGAAAGGUCGCUUGGCCACUAUAUGGGAAGAGAGCCUGCAGCAAAUGGACUCCCUACCUCCCCCUACUCAAAUGGACAGAUUCUCAGAAGUGUAUAUUAAGAACAAACUGCUGCAAGACAGGGUGACCGAGCUAGAGCUACAGCUGAGCGAUUCGGCACAAGAUAAUCACGCUCUGCGAGCCGAGAUAAAAGACCUGACUAAAAGGAAUAAUCAUCUAGAAGCAUCCUUGGCUCAUGUUAACAACAAGUUCAAGGCCCUCGAGGAAGAGAAAAAUCAAAUCGACGUUGUGCACCAGCAGAGCAUGGACCAACAAGCUUUGGAGCACCAGCGGGCCAUUGAUCAGUUAACCCAGAAGCUGCGGGCUGCUGAGACUUUAGCACAGGAGCAAGACAAGAAAUUAAAAUCUCAGGCGACGCAAUUAAUGACCCAGGAGGCAGAACUCUUGGCAACACGGGAUGAACUGGCUCAAGCCCGGGCUAUGGCGGAAGGGGCCUCCACGGCUUUGACGAUCUAUAAGGAUGGGGAGCAAGAUCGCUGUAAACAGAGUUGCGACCUGUACUUUUGUUCCCCAGAGUUCUGUAUACAGGCUGGAUAG